AUGCUCACAACUGUUACUCUACUUGUGCGGAGGAAAAACACAGAGUGGAGGACAGAAAGCAAGAGAGCAGAAAUGCUCUGCCCCUUGAGAACUUCUGACCUAGGGUUCCUCCUGAUGCUCACUGUCUUCUUUGUGGCGGAUUCAGGUAAUUCAUGUAUGGAUGAAAGGCAGAUCAUGCAGAACAACUCGUCCCCUCCUGAAGAAGUUAACACUACGCUGUCAGUAGAGAUGGGCUCAACGGCUGUGCUCUGCUGCUCUUCUGUCCCGUUGACAACCUUGGAGUUAAUAACAUGGAAAAUCACCCUCAGAGGCCAGCCUAUCUGCAUGAGAGCUUAUAAAAAACAAACAAAUGAGACCAGCAACAACUGUACUGAUGACGGAAUCACGUGGGUCUCCAGACCUGACCUGAGUCCUCACCUCCAGAUUAAUGCAGUUGCUGUCGCACAUGAUGGAAAUUACACCUGUGAAGCAGCAACAUAUAGUGGGUAUUUCCAGCAUCACUAUGAACUCCAAGUGCUAGUGCGCCCUGAAGCCAACAUCUUCCUCAGCAAGAAUCAGACAGCGGUGUGUGAGGCAGUGGCAGGCAGGCCAGCUGCACGGAUCUCCUGGAUUCCAUCUGGGCACUGUGUGACCAUGAAGGAAGGGCACAGCAAUGGCACAGUGACGGUCAGAAGUGCCUGCCGCUAUCCAGACAGCAAUGUGUCUGCUGUGACCUGCCUGGUCUCCCAUUCGACUGGGAACAGGAGUCUCUCUGAAGUUUUUCUGCCUUCUGGUAUCUCAGAAUCAAAAGACUUAUAUAUUAAAUUCAUCAUUCCUUCUAUUUGUAUUCUUUUGAUCAUCGUGGGCUCAGUCUUGUUUUUCAAAAUAAAGGUUUUCAGGCAAUGUAAGCUUAAAAAAUCAGCAGCUAAUCCUGUUGUUGAGGAGGAUGAAAUGCAGCCCUAUGCUUCCUACACAGAGAAGAACAAUCCACUCUAUGAUACCAUAAGCAAGAUCUAGAAUGGAAAACCUACCUUGAAGUUAGUUUUGCAAAGCUUCUUGGAAGAAAAAGACAUUCCAGUGGAUUUGUGUUCACAUCUUUCACCAUGGGAAUUUUAGUUUAGCUGCUCUUAGCUGGUUCCGUGAAGAUCCUGUGACUGUACAGAGGAAGCACAUGCUUGCAAUAUUUAACUCGUGCAAUAC